AUGUACCGUUUUGCCACCCCGUUAGUCAGGACGUCUCGAAUCGCCAGAUCUCCCCACAGAAUCAUUGCGAUUCCGCAAACAUUGGUAAUCUUUGAAAUCGGCGUGGAAGGUCUCAUCGGAGAAUACGCCACGCUCAAACCUUAUCUUGCCAGCACUUAUUCAAGAGAGAUUUUCGAUCAGAACCCGACCAAGAAUCGGUACAAAGACGUCAUCUGUAAUGAUCUGACCCGGGUGAUCAUCAAAGAUGGUAAAGGCUCCGAUUAUAUUCAUGCUAACUACGUGAGAGGGCAGUGCCUCGUCAACACUUUCAUCUGCACACAGGGCCCAAUCAUGACAACAAUUGCUGAUUUCUGGCGCAUGAUUCUGUUCGAGCAUGUGUCCCAUAUUAUAAUGUUGUGCGACACGAUUGAGCAGGGCAAAAUGAAGUGCGAACAGUAUUGGCCCAAUGAGCAAGACGAAAAGAUGGAAAUCGGAGGUACGGACCACUAA